UCCAGCGUCCAGUGGCCCGGGAACACGGAAGCUCCGCCCACAAGCCGUUGUGCGCACGCUCUUCUGCCCAAGGAGGUAGAGUACCCGUCAUGGAGAGCGCUCCGCAGUCUGGGCCGGAAAAGAAAGACCCUGAGAGUCCAGGAGUGCAGCAGGCGGCUGCAGGAUCCCUGGUGGAGCUCACCCCAACCCCCGGCGGCCUGGCUUUGGUGAGCCCCUAUCACACCCACCGGGUCGGGGACCCCUUAGACCUCGUGGCGCUCGCAGAGCAGGUGCAGAAGGCUGAUGAAUUUAUUCGAGCAAAUGCCACCAACAAAUUGACAGUCAUAGCUGAGCAGAUCCAGUAUUUGCAAGAAAAAGCCAGGAAGGUACUGGAAGAUGCUCACAGAGAUGCCGACUUGCACCGUGCAGCUUGUAAUAUGGUGAAAAAACCUGGCAACAUUUACUAUCUUUAUAAACGGGAGAGCGGUCAGCAAUACUUUUCCAUUAUUUCUCCAAAGGAAUGGGGGACUAGUUGUCCUCAUGACUUUCUUGGUGCCUACAAGCUUCAGCAUGACUUGUCCUGGACUCCAUAUGAGGACAUUGAGAAGCAAGACGCUAAAAUCAGCCUAAUGGACAAGCUGCUGAACCAGCCAGUGGCCCUGCCCUCCUGCACUGAACCCACCUUCCAGAGACUGACUAAUUGAGCGUGGACUCUGGCCAGCAGCUCUCACAACAAGGGCCUGUUGCCUCCUUGUGGCCCCUGUUCUCUGCAUUGAUGGGGCAGGGUCAUGGGAUCUGAGGACUUGUAGGUGAAUCAGGAACUUCUUGGAAGGAGACCCUAUGUGAAUGUAAUUGCUUUUGUUUUCAUUGCUUUUAAUUGGGUUGGUAAGGAAUCACAAUACUCUCUUUUGGGAUCUCCUUGGAGCAACAGAUGCCCAGUUGGAGGUCACUCUCAGUUCCUUGAUACUUUGGCCUCUGCAAGAUGGCAGCUUUCUUCAUCAAAGCAAAAAGGAUAAGAGUCUACUAGCAGGACAGGAAUUAAUCUCACAUAGUUCAUUUAUAGAAGUGACGUCACCUUUGUUGUAUUCUCUUGGUUAGAAACAAGUCUGCAGGCCAGCUCACACUCAAGGGAGGGAAUUACACACAGGCAUGAAUACCAGAAGGCAGGGAUCACUGCAUCGUUGAAUAGACUUAAAAUUUGUUUGCUGUGGUGCUCAGUUGAGAGGAAAAAAGAAAAGUCAAUUCUGGCUAAAAGAGGCGAUAUUACAAAGUAGUUGAGUGCAAUGAUGUUGAAGUCACAGAUCUGGACUUGACUCUUCACUUUGACAAAAUAACUUAUAGCUGGCAUUCCUGCUUCCCCUCUGUCACCUCUCCAGUCCAUUCUGCAUAUAGUUAAGUCAAUCCUUUGAAAAUGCAAAUCACUCUUACCAUUGACUUUUCCAACCACUGGAACUGGAGAGGAGUUAUUCAGAAGAGAGAAAUACAGUUACCAUGCUGAUGCACUCCCUGCACUGACCUUUAGGUAGUGCCAUUCCUUUCCUGUUUAAGCCAAUGAUCAGGCUUAGGGAAGGUUAGUGGCAAUGUCAGAAUCGUGGACUAGGACUCAGUGAUGAUGUACAGUAGCUACUUUUCAUUCAACCAUCCAGCUGUCUACCCAGUAAUUCUGUAAGUAUUAACACCUUCUGGGGUCCAGGUUCUAGAGAAUAAUACAGCUGAAAAAGGGCCCUAUUUCACAGGAGUGUGCAGUCUAGUGUGUGAGGAAGCAAGCCAGUGACUACAGCAUGCUAUAAGAAGUGCUGUGCUAAAGGUAUGCACUGGAUAUUCUAGAACAUAAGCUUGGGAGAAUUUGGGAAGACUCUUUGGAGGAGCUGAUUCCUGGGUGUUGAAAAAUAACUGGGGGCUCCAAUUAUCUUCUCUAUGGGAAGUGUGUCUUUUAGGGGUUAGGGUAGGGUUCAUUUUUGGAUAAAGUUUAUUUGUAAAUGAAGGAAAGGACAUCCUUUUACAGACCACAUCAACCAGAAUAAUCAUGGACACCAGGAUGGGUACAGGGGGAUAUAUCCUGCCUAGAAGAUUCUUAUUUCUGACAGCUGGGGGAUAGAUGAAACGUGGGAACAAAAGCAAUUCCAAACAAAAAGUAACAUGUGAAGGUGUUGAUAAGAAGCAGCAUGGCAUUUGGGGAAUUGGAUCCAGUUGAAAGUGAAGAAUAUGAAGCUUGUUGUACCAAUGCAGACUCGUGGAGGUAGUGGUGGUGAGUGGGCCCUGGCCACUCAAGCUGAGAGGUUGACUUUAGAGCUUUCACUGCUGUAGCACUGCUGGUGGCCUCUGCUUUCAGAAUUCCUGUCAAGAAUGUGGGUGAGAGCUUAGAGCAUUGGUGCACGCCUGUACCCCAGUCAUUUGUGAGGUUGAGGUAGGAGGAACUUAAAUUGAAGGCCAGUCUCAUCAGUUUAGUGAGGCCCUAAGCAACUUAGUGGAGCCCUGUCUCAAAAAGGCAAUCAUGGUACCCCCCUCAAAAAAAAAAAAAAAAAA